AUGUUGAAUACACUAAUAAUCUGUAUAUUUUUUGUUAUUAGAAUAAAUGCAGGUAAGAAUAAAAAUUGAAACCAAAUUCAGAAUUUCCCACAUUUUCUAGGAGUUAUCCCAACUUCCUUCAAUAUAACCGAAGAAUUGGACAAAAUCAGCAAAGAUUGUUUAACAAAUGCGGAACAUCAUGAAUUAACUGGAAAUAAAUACAAAGGCCAUUUGGCUUCAUUUCUAGAUUGGAAUGAAAUUGAACUAUCUGUAUAUAUAAUUGGAAAUUCGGAAAUUCGAAAAGCCCUUGGAUUUGGGCCUCCUGGACCAUGGAAUAAUGAAACAUUUCCAUCUGAUGAAAGAUUAAAUGCUGCUUCAAAUUUAGAAGAAUAUUUCAAAUUGCAAACAACGUCUUCUGUAAGCUUUUCUGCUAGAGUUCACAAAAUUACGGAAAAAGAUUUUGAGACAGCGAUUAGAUAUUUGGACAAAAGAUUGCCUGGAACUCGAUUGAUUUAUCGAAAAAAGGUUGAGGAAUUUAUGAGAGAUCACAAAACUAUAAAUCGAAAAAUGGUUGAUGAUUUGACUGAUUAUAUUUAUGAAAUCUUUGAAAAAUUGAGAGAUGCGACUGAGGAAAUGAGAUGGAAUAUUAGAUGUAGAUUGAAAGAUCGAAGGGAUUAUAUCACAUCUUAUGGAAUCUUCUCAAGUUUAUUGGAAAAAUAA